AAAAAAAAAAUACUAAAAAUAAAAACACCCCCCCCCCUUUCAAAAAAACCACCUUCUUGCAUCUCUUGCUAGAGGCGGCGGCGGCAGUGAGUUUUUCGAUGACAGCGAGGAUUCCCAUCGCUAUAACAGCGUCCGUGGCGGUCGAUGCAGCCCCGAGUGCGCCUUCCGAGCAGCCAUCGAACAUUUAUUUCCCAGAGUUCAGUGCCACUCGCUUUUCCGCUCGUUGAAGGUGGCGCAACCCUCGGCGCACUUUCCUUGCUUGGGGUCUGUGUGUCUGUGAAUCUGGAAGUAGCAGAACGGAACGUGCGUACGUGUGUAUGCGUGUCCGUUCGUGCCGGCGUUCACUUCUUGGUCAGGAACUCUUCGCCUGAAAACAGGACGGUGUUGUAUACAUCAUCUGAUCGAACUUGUAGUUUCUUACAAACACUUUGGGUGAAGUACACUCUUUUCUACGAUAUGCAGCAAGAGUUUGAAAUAAUGUUUCUGUUCAUGCCAAUGGCUACUGACAUGCGAGAUAACUUGGGGAAAAUAUAGGAUAUACAUGGGAGCAGAAUGUUUUGCUCGGACUUACCAAACACUAUUUCCUCUCCAGUUCCUCUCACAGCUCCUACCUUGCGCAGGUCGAUGGCUCAUGAGUGAAUAUUAUGUUUCAAGGUGAGUUGGAGUUCGUCGUUCAUUAAUACACAGAUUCAUUGGAUUCUUUGCGGAUUUCAGCUUUUACUAUGCAAAGUAACCAUUCGGGAAGUCGGUGCGCAGACAAUGGACCUGAAAAAAACGAUAUAAAAAUGGAGAGAUACAUAUCAUUGUUUACUGUAAGAGAUCAGCAGGUGUGAUAACAUUAUGGAGUCUUAUUCUUAUAAAAGAAUAAGCUUUUUCCUAGCAUUCUCUCUUGUGGAAAUCCUUCAAAGUGGUGCAAGGACUUUAUUUUCACCUCUUUCUUGGACAUGAGAAUGCUUGCUCGAAGUGCAUGUCAUUUAGGACUGGUUCACACCGACUUGUUGGAUGCUGGACCAUGUGAUAUGAGGACCUUAAGCUGGACUGUCUCUGAUCUGGAAAUACAAUAAGCAUUCUGGACCUUUUCUUUGGAAUCACGUCUGCUUCUUUGUUGUUCUUCAUGUUGUGAAGUGCUCAGCAAAUGGAUUUAACAAGCCAAUGCGUUAUUAGAGUGUCAGUUAAACAGAUUCAGGAAGUCGAGAAGUAGCUAGCCAGAAAGUGUUUUAGUCAUCAAACUGAGUUGGGUCAUUGCCGAACAGAUUAUCUUCUCUCUCUCUCUCUCACACAGGGGCACGUGACUGGCGCAAUAAACAAGUUCUUCUUUCUGAACUGACAACUAUAACCACCCUCACCGUGAGUAAUUUCCAUGGCAGGAGUCCAGAACCAGGCAAUGGCUAAAAGAACUCUUUCUGUUUCAUCCAGGACCGACGAAAGUUUCAAAGAAUUAAUGCUGUAGUUACUUAAGUGUCUGUUUUUGAGGCGAUACUCACCCGUCUGCGCUAUCACUGAUGAAUUUACGAUGACUGAACACGUGCCAGGGAGGAGUAACUGCGCCGGCAACUUUCACACGAAGAUGGAGUUGCUAUGAUGCUGGCUCGCCGAUGUGAAGGGCAUACUGGCUUCGUUGAAGUAUGAGUUUGAUAUGUGUUCAUAUAUUCGUGACUAGAGACUGUCCUCCGAAGGGACCAAUCUUCUAAAUAAAAAUGUACCCGUGCGUUAUAUCAUCGAAAGAAUUCUUGGAAAGAAUAUUUUCAGAGCUGUAAUUUCAGCUUCUGCAUCACAUUUUUUUAUCUGCACAGGACUUCUCGUCGACUCUGUUUUGAAAUUCUAAACAUGCAGAUGUGAAUUGUAUCAGUUUGUCUGAGAGGCUAUCGAGGGAGUUGCAUGAGAGAAAACCAAGAUUUAAUUGCUGACAGAGAACUUAAGAAAAAACGUUUCUUUUAUUUCUUCGACGAAUGGGACAAACCUUUACCCCAUUGGAAAGUUCACUACAAGCUUGAUAUUGUCAUCAAACUGUUCAACAACAAAAAGGAAUGUAGGGACUGCCCUGCAAAAACAAAGCCACAGAUAAUGUGGCGGAUCUCUCUUCUACACAUCUUGUGGCUAGUAACACGAGCAGACACGGACCGGGCAGCGGGACAGCGCGAGGAAGACGAGAAAUGUCCGCGACAGUCACCUACGACAAGGGACAGACCGCCGAACUCUUCUGCUCAGUGACCGAUCUCGGGGACCGCACGGUCACGUGGAGAAAGUUGCCCAAUCGGAACCCUCUUACGAUCGGUCCGACGACGUGGGUCAAAGACAAGCGCGUGCAUAUCGAGCACGUGCCCAACAGCAGCCAAUGGAAUUUGAUUAUCGAGAACGUCAACGCCAGUGAUGCGGGCACGUACGAAUGCAAGGUUAGCGCGCGGGGCACGCCGUUCGUACAGAAGGUCAUCUUGGAGGUCAAAGAUAUACCUGUCAAACGCUAUCCACGUAUAGAAAUUAGCGGCCGAAAUUUCCUGAAGCAAGGUGAAGACGUGCACCUGCAGUGUAACGCCACCAUGGUGGACGUCAACGUGGACAACCUAGAGUGGCUGAAGGACGGCAAACCCAUCGCCGACAUCGUCAAGCAGAAGCGCGUGCGAGUGUUCACCGCCGUGUCGCUGUCGCCGCAGUUGACCGGCAGCAUCAGCAGCUCGCUGGAGAUCGACAAUGCCCGCGUCAACGACAGCGGCGUGUACGUCUGCAGGUCAACGGGCAGGUCACAGCUUGCAGGAGUCAAAUUGGAAAUUAAACCAGACACAAACAAUUCCAAAAGAGCGGAAAACAUUCAAGAGUACACAGGGCCUGCCACCGGGCCCUCGGUUCAUCUACAACCCGAAUAUUGGAUUAUUGCACUUUUGUCAACAAUUUCUUCCAUUUUUAUACCAAGCGUGCGCUGAUGAGAUUCUCAAAGGAAAGACAAAAAUAAAAUAUACUGAGAUAACAAGUCACGCUGAUAUCGAAGCCUCUUGCUUCAAAUAAUAAGGGCGAGAGAGGUUACUGACAGACGAAACUUAAAAAAAAUACUUUUCAAGAAGAAAGCUAAAUUUGUGGGUCUGGAAAUAGCUCGACCUGGAUUUUUUUUUUUUCAUUUCUUUUUGGCUAAUUUGAUACUUCAGAAUCAAACCUAUGCAUGCGAAAGUUUCAACUGAGAUACAAUCUAAACUACAGCAACUGGAAUCGUGACUCAUAAUUACGGUCCCUGUCAGAAAGGAAGCUAGUUUCCAGCCUCGGGUGGUUUUUAUAUUUUGGGGAUACGACAUUCAUAACAGGAGCGGUAAGCUUCCAAAGACAUGGUUGUUGAAUGGUUCUCUCCGCUUCAGCAAAGUUCAGGAUUUACAGAAACCAAAAAAGAUGGUCUUCAUCGAGGCCCGACUAUCACUAGAUGCUUCAUCAUCUGACAAGACCCGGUGGGUCACUGGCCAAAGCGCACAAACUAAAAGACUCAGUCAUCAUCGUUCAAAGGAUUGAAGAUAACUUCUCAAACUGACAUCGCUGCAGAAAUCAGAAAUGACUCCUGGUCCAAUCUUUUAUCCUCCCACGCCCCUUUAAAAAUAUAAAUUAAAAAAAAAAAGAAUUCCGCACGCAAUACAGUGCGAUUCCCAACAUGAUUAAAAAAUACAAAAAUGUAAGCCUGACCCCUGACCUCACCACUCCUUCCAGACCCUUCCUCUCGAUCAAUUCAUCGGCUGAGUUCUCGUUUCAUCUGCAGACCCUUCGUCUGACGUCUGCGCUCAGUGAUCAUCGACUAUCGCCGGCUUCUUUGCCGGAAGUAAGAGUGACCCCGGCAACUUCACUCGGAAGGGAUACGUAGGACACGGUGCUGGACUGAAUGGUCUAUUUACCAUCCUCUAUUUCCCACAGGGACAACCUAUUGAUCACACCGUCUUUCAAAACAGAAAAAAGUCCGUAGACUGGGUUUGAUUUUUCAUUCGUUAGCGAGCAAUUAUGUGAUAGUAUCUGCCUAUUUCCUUUUUUUGCUUUUGAGCUCAAACCUCCUUCUUGGGAAACACUUCAGCCGACGAUUUCUGCUUCUUGUGUAUUCAGUAGAGAGGAUAGUUGUGAUGUUGCAGCCAGAAGGUUUGAAAGAAAGAGUGUGUGUGUUCUGGUUUUUUGUUUUUUCGAUAUUAUUUUGUGUGCUUCUGAUAUGCUAAACAAGUUCGUUAAAAUUUUAAAAUUCAGUUUGAUUUUCCUCCUAUGCAACACCUUACCUCUUCAAAGUAGUAUUAGUACAAAACAUAGAGCAAAGAUUGUUUUUAUUAAAUCUUUUUUCUUCACGGUCAUUUCCACGGUUUUCAUUCUCGUUUCACUUUCUGUACGAUUAUUUAAAGCUUAAAUUACCAGAAAGAUUACAUUUCUAUUUAAUGUCAUUUACUAGAGUUGUCCUCAUUUAAUCUUUCAUCUUUUUCCAUUUUUUUUCCUCAGACCUCGUGUGCUCUGUUCGUCUGCGGUGGUCUGUAUCACAAUUCACCUUUAUUUUGAAGUCGUGCUUUCUUGCUGGACUGAGUACAAGAUGAUUUGUGUGAUAAUAUCGAAUGUUGUGCUUACAGCCUGCGAUGACUAAAGUAUUCUGUUCACUAUUACACUUUGCUACAAUUCUUUUUAGCAGAUAUAAAUUAUCGUGGAGCAGUCAUAUUGCGACUACAAGCCUCAUCUCAGUUUUUCAGACAACAAUUGUUGGGUCUAUUGUUUUGUUUUCAUGAAAAUAUUAUGAUAUAUAUGAAAAAAA